AGCGCGCUAGUCGGGGAGGGAUGGCGGAAGAAUUGGACCUCGGAGUCCUGUCCCAGCGGGAGGCAAAGGACGAACACAAGUCCUAGCCAGCGUCGGAGGCAAUUCUCGUGCCGGGGCUGGGCUGGGCUGGCUGCAACAUCGGGGCCUCAAAUGCGCGAGACGACGGAUCAGGUAGUUCUGCUGGCAGUUCGUUCGCCCGGACUCGGAGGCUUUGCGGGGAUUCGGUUUGACCUCGAGAGCCCCGGCACAGCGGUCCACUGCUGGACAUGGAAACUGUUGCCAGGGGAUGCGCAGCGCUGGGAAAGACUUGUUUGACAUGGAUUCUGCCACUCCUUUUCGCAGCCGGCGUCCACAUUUGCGCGGUCGCGCGGGCAUCCGGCUGCGAGGGAAUCAGGAGCUAAGCGUCAAAACUGUCGGAGGCCCAUGGAGCGCUCGCGAGCAUGGACUCCAACCCAACUCAGGCUCAGGCUCAGGCUCAGGGCACAGGGAGCGAUGGAUGGAAGGAUGAAUGGAUGGCUGCGUGGCCCAUGGAGACCGAGUUGGUGUCGACGACGAGGUUGCAAGCACUCGAGUCUGACUUCGCCGUGAAUCCUCCUCUGCUGCUGCAGCAUGCACGGAGAGAGCGAAAGGAGAAUGAUUGCGACGACAAGUGUCGCGCCUUUGGACGACAUGAUUAGUGGCAAGUUGAGGGCGAGGUCGAGAACAUGUGAGAAAAUCCCCGAACCAAACUCGGUAAUGGACGGCGCAAUGAGUUCAAAUCACAACUGUCCAAAUCGAGCCCUGGGGGCCACAGCAGCGACGACAACGACGACGACGACGACGACGUGUUGCCCUUGAAAUUUCGUGCAAGGGGUCGGAUUUGUCCACAUCCUGCUUUCUGGAAAAUUCCCACCUGUCCCACUUCGUGCCCCGUGGGGAUGGUCCAGCGCCUUCGGUUGUUACACCGAGUGGACCCUCGUAAUUCCGAGCCUUCGCCACACAAGAGACAAUGUCCACACCGGUGGCUUUGCGUACAAAAUGCAUUCACAGUCUACGAGAAAUCUCGCGCUGAUUUCCGAGGAGGAAUCGCAGUUCGAGCAACGGCGCGGUCCAUCCCUCGGGUCUCCUCGACCGGACUUUCUGUCCAGUGAGUGAGCCCCAGGUCAGCGCAGAUGUCCCCCCGUAGAAUCCACUGCGAUUGCAAUUCCUCUGGACAAACACAGAGCUCGCUCGCUCGCUCGCUCUCUCUCUCUCUCUCUCUCUCUCUCUCUCUGACUGUCACCAGCGGAAUCUCGACCGAGGGCAGACUGUUAUCGAGCUCCACGAGCCCCCGGCCGUAAUCGCUCUAAGCCCCGACCGUCGGAGCCGUAGGCCCACGCGCCAGGGGGUUGUCCGGUAAGCCCCCCGGCAGGCAUCUCGGUCAGACAGCACAUUCAUUCGGUUGAGGUUAUCCCCGGUUAUGGUCGAGCUGCUGAUGAAAUGGCCUCCGUGACUCGUCAGUCCUGUGACGCGAAUCCGGAUCCGAAUCCGUCGAGGGCAGAUGAGAUAAGCGGAGACGAGGGCAAAGAUGGAACGGAGGGGGCCUUCAUUGGUGCUGGCUGUCUUUCAAUGAAUGUGUCCUUUUGUGCAUCGAAAGCUUUUAAAGAUGAUGCCUCUGCGUUUGCUCAAUGAAUGUGUCCUUUUCCCAGUGACUGGCUCUUUAAGGGCUUAAUUCUGCGCGUGCUCAUGGCCCUCGUCCCCUCCAUGAAUGUGUCCUAUUCUCAUGUGUGUUCUGCGCGAGCGGCC